GUAAAGGUUGAUGUCUCUGCGAUCGUGUACAUGACACGAUGGCCCCAGGGCUGAGUCUCCUCCGGCCGCCAUCACGCUGCGGAAGCUACUUCGAUGACAGUCAACCUGAACACGAGCAAGCAUCGGCCCUGAUGGUCGACAAGCCCAACAAGGAGGCGGAGGAGGAGGAAGACGACAAGAUCAGGAGGGAAGCAGAAGCCAUGGCCACCUCAAAAGUCGACCGCGGCAACAAGUACGAAGGUUGGCUGCAGCUAGGCAUCGGAGGUGGCUGUCGCCCGAACGGUUCCCAUUCACAGCACCCCUCAACGAUGGACCCGUCGAGUAGCAACAGUAAGGCGAAGGGUGAUCUGGUGGAGCUCGACUUGUUCUGCCGUCGACCGGCGCUGGAGCCACCUCCAUCGCCACUUACUGCGUUUCCUGCCAUGGCGCCAUGGUUCCCUGCGGUCAUGGGAGGGUACUGCCACCAGCUGACGCCGUCGGGCUGCACUUGGAUGCGAUCCUCGAAUCCAAGUCUGAGCUCAGGGGAAAUGAGGGUGGUAAGCCUGCCACGAAGGAAGCAGACGGGGGUGUGGUUCGUUCUCCAAGCAGCACAUGACCAGGUGAAGGAGCCAUUUUUGCCUCAGAUACCAAAGAGCUACUUGAGGAUCAAGGAUGGAAGGAUGACAAUUAGACUGCUGAUGAAGUACUUGGCCAAUAAGCUUGUUUUGGAGGAUGAAUCACAGGUGGUGAUAACAUGUAGAGGCCAACAGCUUCCUCCUUACCUGACACUCAUGUAUGUUAGAGACAACAUUUGGUGUUCACCAGAAGCAGUGGAGCUGAACUCAGACUCAUCGAGCAGCAAAUAUAUAAUGAACCUCCUUUAUGGCAGAAGCAGAUGUGGGUAAAAUAAAUCCUUUUCCUCCAUGUGUAAUUAAU